CGAUGCUCAUCAUCUUUUCAAGGGCCAUGAAGGAUUCGGGCAGGGCCGCAGGGACAGCCUUGCACUGCAGAUUUGCCGACAGUGCUAUGGCGGCCAACGAGAGUGACAAUGUUGUCACAACAAACAAGCUGAUGAUCAUCCUCAGAAAAUUUGACCAGGAGGGUUCGGGCACGAUUUCCAGAAGUCAAUUCGAACAGAUUCUGCGCACUGUUCUUCGUGCGUCCAGCAAUUCUGAUGAGAUUCUGUACAAAGAAGAGGUGGACGAGUUCUGGGCAUACUUUUCAAAGCGUGAGGAUGGCGACGUUGAGAAAAGUGAUUUAGUCGAUUGGAUCUUGAAACCCAGCACGCCUCUGAUGCUUACAGAGUCCGGGAAUUUGGCCUUCUUUGACCUCAAAUCUGCACUUCAACCUCUUUUCCAGGCUUACAACCAGAACGGGGACGGCUUCAUCUGCUUGCAGGAGUUCAUGGAUGCACAUGGCAUUCUUCAAAUCGCAUUGCGUAUGAACCCCACAGCAGAAGAAGAAGAUCCUCCAGUUUUACGAGGAGAUCUUCACAACUGUUUUGUGCACAUUGGUGAUGCUGACAAGCGCUUGACGUUUGAGAAAUUUGUUCGCUGGCAACGCCUUGCGUUGAUUCAAUCUGCCUUGUCUCCAGACUCAAUGACGAGGCUCCUCAAGAAUGUGGCCAAACAAAUUCAACGUGUCUUUAAGCUUACUUCCGAGAAGCAUUGUGAGCUGACCGAGUCAGACAGGUUGGUGCUAAUUCGGAUCCUUUCGCACUUAGCCCAAUUCAGCCGUGAGCUGUGGGGAGCUGGUCAUUUUGCAUCGAAGGGCAAGACCUUCUUCGAAAAUAAGUGGAUACCUCCGUUCGUGGGAAUGAAUGUUGACCACCUGAAGGAGGUCUUUUUGCAUGAUUUCAACUACAGCCGCAUGCGAUUUUCAGCAAAGAUUGUGAAGCGCGACUGGGAUAUCCUUUGCAUUCCUGGACUUCCUGGCCGACACCAAGAUUGGCUAGCAAGGGCAAGGCUGAAAAACACCUUGAGAAGUGCCAGAUUCGAUGAUGAACAGGGAAAACAAGAAGAGGAUCAGCUUGAGGAAGGACACAUACGCGAGGUGGUCGAUGAGCAGUGUUACAUCUUCGAUCGGGAACAUUUCACAUGGGCCUUAGCAGAAGAGAGUCUCUUUGAGAAGGCGCUCGAGGCCCUGUCGCCCGAAGUGAAGCUUUUCGCCAUAUUGAAAACCAUGGCAAACUUUGGACAACGACUUUCUUGGCCUCAGCUGCAGUUGGCCUUGUCCCAAGCUGUGCAAUUGGACGUCAUCAGCCAGGAGUCAGCUGAAACACGUACAUAAAACAGUUGAUGUUUCCUUCUUUCUGCACACCUCUUCCUGUAAUUUCCCUGACAAGGUGCAGCUGGGCAAGUGCAACGACAAGUUGGAAGAAUGGGUCCUGAAGGGAAUGGACGCUGAAGGAUUCUGGUGCACACGUGAAACUUUGACAAAAGUGAGGGAGGAUUUGCAUACGUCCCCAAGUCAAAUCAUGGGAAUUUUCGCUGAGAUUGGAGCCUUUGCUGUGACCUCGAUUUGGGCAGAUUUCAUGGACACUGAGAAGUGAAAGCUUCCGAAGGUGAAGUCCAACGUGCUUGAGGUGAAUGGCGAAUCCAAGCUGUUUGAGUUCGAAAAUUCCAAGCCACGUUCUUCCCGAACGCCUUUCUUCGCUUUUGCGACAGAAAUGCCGACGCGUCGGAGUUCGCUCGAUCAGAAACCACUCGAUCAGGACCGUGCUUCGCCCCAAGAUCCGUGCUUCGCCUGACGUCCGAUUUCACCGAAUCGCACCAGAAUUGAGGCUGACAAUGAAGCAGCAAACAAAAAGGAGAAAAAAAA